GUCAAAGAGUCCUUAAUGGAGAUAGAAUUUCUUUUGGAAUUUCAGAAAGUAUUAAAGAUGUCCGGAAUAUUCAACAACUAUUUAAUUAUAUUUGGCCUAUUCGGCCUUUUUGCCGAGUUUUCCGUACAAAAGUAUCAUUUGGGGCAUCUGUACAUUUACAGUGUAUGGCCCAUGGCCCAUAACCGAGGCUAAAAAUAAAUUAAACUUAACUAAGAGAGCAAUGGCACCAAAAGAAAGUCUGCUCAGAAUCAUUAACUUAACUAAAAAUCCAGUGAAGGUGGAUAUCGACCCACUUCGACUAGAUUACAAAAACCGAGAGGUGAAACAAGAGAGAUUGAAUUUUAUGAGACAUCAGAAUUUAAGACAUAUCCCCAAUAGCACACGCGGACUCAUACACCAUAUAACAGCAGUAAAGCAACCAAAUAUUCAAGGACUAUCAAAUAGAGUUCCUUUGCAUGAUGUUAUAGCUCGUCAAAAUCUUUUAGGACAUUCUCAAAACAUUUACGGUGCCUUCUAUAGGACGAGACCUCCAAUAGAUCAUUACAGAAGGAAUUAUUACAUUAAAGACGUGGUCAAUCCUGAUUAUUAUGAUAACCCUAAUUAUUUUGAUGCGCAUUGUACUCGUAAGGCAGGAAUUGAUCAUAAUAACAACGCGUGCCAUUAUGCCAGUGAAACAGGCCAACCGCAAUGUAGUCGUAAAGCCAAAGAAAGAAAUGAAUACAUACUAACAUCUCCACCUUCCUGCAAGAAAAAAGACCAUGCAACUAUGAAUGAAUGUGACUCACAAAAAAUUACUUGCUUGCUGAAUCCAGCCACCACUAUAAGUAAUUGCAAUUACAAUUGUCAUUGUCUUAACAUUGAGAAUCCAGGCUUAGAAAAUCGUCGACGAAUUCCAGGAGAAUAUAUGUACUACGAUUACCUUCCCAGCUUAGCUCUUCGAGGUGGGGAAGACUUCGAGGGUAAAGUACCUGUAAAGUAUCAUAGGAACUCAAUUGCGACGUUGCCUAAUGACCAAACUACUGGCCACCAUAAAGUAGAUUACUUUACCCAAGACAUAAAUAUACAUAAGCAAAUAACAAAUACACAAAAACCGUUACGAAAGAAUUAUCGUAACCACCAUCUCUAUUUUGUAAAUCCUAAAGUUAGGCCAAAAAGACACGUGAAAACAGAAUUCUCACAAUUUUGGAAAAUAGAUGUUUCGGCAAAACGAUCAAAACGAAAUCCAAGAUAUACGACACUGCGAAACAUUCUAAAAAAGAAAUUCAGAAACAUUGAAACUACUGCAGAAACCAUAACAAUACCAGGAAAAGAUUUCAAGGAACAUCAUCAUAAAAGUACAGACAGAUCUUUAUCGUUUGAGGAGUUACUGAAUUUUAGAAAAAACUACGGUGGGGAAUUUAACUUCAGCAUAAGAAGAAAAAACGAUAAAAAAACUACUAAACCUACAACUACGAAGCCUAAAACCACUAAACCUACAACUACGAAGCCUAAAACCACUAAACCCAAAACUACUAAAUCCAAACGUAAACUCGCUGAUGUAUCAAAUACAACUCAAUCCAUACCAACUACACCAAGUAUAGAAAUGACUAUAAUCGGUAGUUUUUCUCCGCAAAGCGCAUGUACACGUAGAAUUACAUGUACGUGGACGAUGCCAAAAAUUACUGACGCGAAUGGUAAUAUCAUUAAUAAUGGUGGUGGGGGCGGUGGCGGAGGAGGUGGCGGAGGAGGUGGCGGCGGAGGCGGCGGAGGCGGAGGCGGAGGCUUCCCGAACGGCAGGACUCCGUGGGGACACGUCGAGAACUGUACCCGCAGGUACACUUGUAGUCGCAUGUUCUACGACCGCAACGUACAAGCAAGCGAUACUGCUGCCGGGGACACCACUCUCCCAGACGAAGAUUAUUGGGAAAUAAUAUAA